CAAGUACUACAAAAGGAAGAAAAAAAAUGCAUUUUCUCUACUGAAGCUAGAAUAUCCAUGGCUAUAUCUCAAGCCCCGCCUUUGCUGCUUCUUCUCCUAGUUUCACUCUUUUUUUUUCCUGCUUUGGGCGGGCUCACCAGGUUCGGAAACUGCAGCAGUACGCAAUCCGCUAGGGCCAAUUCUGUGGAUAUCUCUCCAAACCCGGUUAAGCGUUCCGGUAAUGCAAACUUUACGAUAACUGGUUAUACAAGGAAAGCAAUCCCUGGCGAAGCAAGUGUAGAGCUCAUCUUUGUGACAGAUCUUUACACAAUGACAAAGAAUUACUCCUUGUGUGAUAUAACGGCAUGCCCUGUUUCACCUGGCCCCUUUGUCCUUACUAUUCGUAACGUGUUCCGUACUCGGCUUCAAAAACGAGUACCACAAUACCGUGUUGGACUAAGGAUCAUGGAGAAGACCGUGAAAGAGCCAAUAAUGUGCAUCGGCUUCUAUUGUAAAUUCAGUGGUUCUGUGCUUGAGCUCAGUCAAGCAUUUACCUGGUAAAACUAUUUAUGUUAUUUAGAGGAAACCAACAGAGGAAGAUAU